AUGAGCUCGAUCAGAUUCAAGCUGCCAGAUGACGAGUCAUAUACUGGGAAUGUGCUUGAGUCCUUAGAGUUAUGGCCAUGUUUCGAGCCAUCAAUAAGUUUGUUACAAGUGACGAGCAUUGCAUACGGAGUGGUGAGAAUGUUUCUGAAAAGGGAAGAGGCCGACAAAGAACAUGAAGAAUCUGGAGUAGAGCGAAGAGUCAGAGUUGGAACUUAUAACAAAACUUGCUCUGUUGCAUCAAUGCUACUGAGUUCAAUUUCAAUAUCUGAUGGAGCACGAAGCUCGUUGCCGCCACCAAAUGUCCGACCACUUGCAGAUCUGCUUCUUUUUUCAGUAGACCACUGGAGACCGCCUCUGUCUUCACUCACACAAGAUCUGAUCAGAUCUGAUGUAGAUCAUAGAAUUUGGUGUUAUUUUACAAAGUCUUUUCUUUCUAUUUCAUCAUUCCGUCGUUGGAUCUACAUUAGAUCUGUUCUCCCACCGUUGGUGUUGUCGUCAGAGCAACACAAAUCAGAAAUUGCAGUCAUCAUCGCAACCUAUAGGUUAAAUAUGCCGUGUGUGCAUGGUCUCCUGGUGUUUACAAAAAGAAGUUUUGAAAAUAAGAUGCAUACAUGGUGUUUGAUGAAAUGCCUCAAUGAAAUUUGUUGUGAACUAAAUGCAUUAAGCUAUGAACUUUUUGUUUAA